UGAGCAUGUUGAUAUUCAAACGCGGUGAAAUGCCGAAAAUUUCCGAAAUUCGUUCAAAUUUAAUGUCAAUUUCCAGGGGGUAGGCGUUUAUUUUUAAAAGUAACAAAUUCUCGUACGGCUAAAUAUUCGGAAAAAUUUUCGUGGAAAAAUGGCUGCUUCGGUAAUUUGUUCAAUAAUUUCAUUGCCAUUUUGGAUAGUCUAUAUCUGCCUGAAAACUGUGAAGAUCCUAUUAACCAACUCUGUGCUUAUGGCCGCAUUUUUUUUCGCCAUAGCCAUGUUAAUGAUGGGCGUAGCCUCGAUCACUGCACCAGGUCCCGUCACUAAUUCCCCCAAUGUGAAUCCUCCGCUAGAACAAACAGCUGCUGUAUCGAAUUCCAUUCAGCAAAACUGGAAGGCGCCUAUUAUCGAACUUGAAGAUAAUUUACUUGACAUGAAGCAUGAUGAGCAAUCAGAUAAAGUUCUCAUUGACAAGGAGGAAGAUCAAGGUCUGGUAAACGAUGAAGAAAUUGUGCCUCGCCAGAGUGACUCUGCUUCAGAUGUCGUUCCCGCCGACUUGCCUGAAAAGUAAGCGAGGCUGCAUUAGGAGCCGUGAUAUGCUAACAAUUUUCCCGCGAGUUAAAAUUAUUUGUUUUGUCAAGCAAAUAUAAGUCAAGAUACAUCGAUCACUUCGGUCAGCUUCCGAGCUAUUAAUUCAUUGCAUAUUAUAAUUAAAUCUGUAAAGCUCUUCAAAA